GAUCUUUUCAGGAGAUCAAUAAAAAUUUUAUGCUUGUUGCAACAAUAACAUUAAAGUAUAGUGAUUGUGGCAACUUUUUCAAACUUCCGGAACAUUCUCUUAAGUUAUGACAUUUUAGCAAUAUAUUCUUCAAUUGAUUAUACUCGUAUAUAGAUUUACGAGUUUACUUUGUUACCUCAGGCGAAUGACUUUAAAAGUAGUCAAGUAUUAUAGUGGCAACCAAUUACAUGAGACCAACCUCAGGGUCUAUAAAGAAGUCUCUGAGACUCUGCUAGCUGAUUUCUUCAACAAAACUUGUCGCACAUUGAUGGCAUAUUAUUUGAGUCACACUAUGAUUAUUUCAGUAUUCCUCUUGGUUGCUGUCUCCUACAACUUUAACUUGGUUGUUGCUGAAGAUAAACAUCGAUGGAAUCGUGCUCUACAACAAAGACAGAUUCAAUAUGAAACACCUGAUGGUUCAAAAGUCAAUGGCAAAUUUUACUCGCCCAACACUCAAUGGUAUUCUGAGCAAGAAUCGAAUCAACGACCUGCAAGACAGGAAGCGCAAAAAAAAAUUUCUGUACCUGUAGCUCCUCCUCAACAGCCGGAAACAGAGCCAUCAUAUCAAUAUAAACCUUUCUCUGCUGUUCCAGAGCACAUCAAACAAUUAAUUUAUCAAGUUUACACACCUCAAGUUCCUUACGUCAACCCUUAUGCAUUCUUUUAUGACGUAAAUCCUUCUCCAGUGUCUCAAGAUAUCUUGGAGCACUCGACCACCCCACAACCUUUUGUCGAUCCAACACCCAAACAAGCUGCUCUUUCUUAUCGUACGAAUUACCCCUCAAGGAGUCACACAAUUGCUGAAGUGAAUAAAGCACCAAAACAAGGUGGAAUUAAGUACAAAGAGGAUUCAAGAAACUCUGGAUAUCAUUUUGGUGAUCGCAAUCAACUGUAUUCUCGUCAACAAGAUCAAAGUAAAAGAUCACUUGAAAAAGAUAUUGGCAGUCAUGAACAAGUGUAUCAAAGCUAUCAGCAAAAAACACCCAAUGAAAUCCAACAACUUCUACAUUUCCAAUCACAAAUUCCAUACAAUGUUCUAGCUAAUCAUAUUGGCUUUCAAUUUGAGAAACCUUUCGUACCAAAACCUCUGCCAGAUGAGUUGUUGAAAUCAUCCAGCUAUCCUACUAAAGUUUAUUACAUUAAACCUUCCGGAGAAAUAGUUGAUGCUGCUUCUGUUAGAGACGUACCUGGAAGAGAUAUUAAAUACUCCAAUGUUUAAAUAAACAUAACAUCAAGUUCACGGUGAUUAUGCUGAGAAAGUGGAAUGAAUUACAUGAUAAUGGAUUCAUGAGUUAUAUGUUGGUAAGGAAACUUGAGAAUUACUCAAGCAUUUCUGAUAUAAAUGGAACUCAAGCAUCAGUUGUUAACAGUAAAAAAAAUUGAGGAAAAAAUUCAUCCAUAUUUUAAAUUUCGAAUAAUUUUUUUAUAUGAUUAUUAAUAAAUUAAUUACACU